CGCCGUCGACACCCGGGUGCCAAGCGAACGGGGCGUUCCGGGGCCGGGCAAGGAACGCGUGCCGAGGUUGAGCGAAGAACGUGCCUCGAGAUCCGGCGCACCAGGUGUUUGUAGACUGAGAAGGGAAGGUGCCUCGGAACCAAGCGAGGGAGCCGCUCGGGGUCCGAGGGGAGGUGCUCCAGGACUGGCGAAACGUUCGCGCGCGUUUGAGGACUGAGCCGCUCGUGGGCCGUUGCAGUUGCAGCCUGCUUGUGACUGUGACUAGGACGGGCGUCGGCUGAUCGGCCUGCCGACUCAGACUCUGACUCCGAUUCCGACUCGCGGUCAGGAGUGAGUCGCUGGCCGGCGAGGGCGGGGGCCAUGGCGAACGUGACGAACAUCACCGACCCGUACGAGUAUAAGGACGCCGCCACGUUCCUGCAGUACACGGUCGGGCCCAAGUACCUGCCGCUGGAGGUGGUGCUGCCUAUCACCAUCGUGUACGUCAUCAUCUUCGUGACGGGCGUGGUGGGCAACGUUGCCGUCUGCCUGGUCAUCAUCAAGAACUCUGCGCUGCAGACGGCCACUAACUACUACCUGUUCAGCCUGGCCGUGUCCGACCUGGCGGUGCUCGUGCUCGGUCUGCCCAACGACCUGAAGGUGUACUGGCAGCAGUACCCCUGGGGACUGGGCGUGGCGCUCUGCAAGAUCCGAGCCCUCGUGUCCGAAAUGACGUCGUACGUGUCGGUGCUGAUAAUCGUGGCGUUCAGCUUGGAGCGGUACCUGGCCAUCUGCCAUCCGCUGCUGUCCUACACCAUGGCCGGCCUGCGCAGAGCCUGCCGCAUCAUCGCCGGCAUCUGGCUCGUCUCCCUGCUGGCUGCCACGCCGUUCGCCUUCUACACAAACGUCCACUACUUGGAGUUUCCCAAGGAUUCUGGGAUGUAUCUAGAGACGAUAUGCUACAUGCCGAACGAGUGGCCGCUUACAUUCAGCUCCUUCGUCUUCUUCAUCGCCCCAAUGACGAGUCUGCUUUUCGUCUAUCUCUGCAUUGGAGUGCAGAUCCGGCGGGCAGCCACGAUCGGCGGUAACCUGGAGGGCAGCGUGUCGGGCGGCGAGGCCAGGCAGCGAGGCAACCGCAAGGCCAUUCUGCGCAUGCUCGUGGCAGUUGUGAUCGGCUUCUUCGUGUGCUUCGCCCCGCACCAUGCCCAGCGGCUGCUCUACAUUUACGGCAAAGAUCUUCCCAACUACCGCGAGAUCAACGAGUACAUGUACUACAUCACCGGCUGCUUCUACUACUUCUCCGCAACUAUCAACCCGAUUCUGUACAACGUCAUGUCGGCCAAGUACCGGCAGGCGUUCAAGGAAACCCUUUGCGGGAAGCGUCGACCUGCGUCCCGCUACAGCGUGAACCACACGCUGCACCACCCGUGCGUGCAGCACCAACUGAACUCGUCCACCAAGGACACCACGGGCACCACGGGCACCACGGGCUCUGCGCGGCGCGAGCCGAACAGGUCGCCGAUCGGCACGCCGCUGCUGGCGAAGAGCGCCGACGGCCCGGCGACCAACGGCCGCCUGCACCCGCUGCUGGGCACGGCGGCGCCGCGUGCCAACGGCGACACGUCCGAGACGAGGGUGUGAGCCCGUGCGCCGGACAGCGGAGACGCGGGAGCGGCGCGGUCGAAGUGCCGCGCGGCCGGGUCACACGCGGUCGAGGGCGCGGAGUCGACUCGGGCCCAGAGCAGGCGUAUGGGGACGGAGUAAGAUGCUGUGCUUUGUUUACAAAGAGACACCAUUAAGCGGGCCGUGUGUCUCCACUCUGGCUGGGACAUGCGAUGGAGGAAGUGGGAUGUGGAUCCCGCGUCCCUGCAUUACGUGGAAAUAUCCCCGCGGCAGUGUGGCAGGACUACGUCUCAGACAGUGGAUAUUGAUGACCCCGGUAUACUCCUCAACGAGGGGACCCAGGUCAACAACCAGGGAGAAAACUGGCAUGGAACUGCUCGUCAAUCCAGCGACAGGGCGAAGGAUGACGUCGGCCACCGAUGCCUGAACUGGGGAGGAUUCGGUCGCUGCUCCCACGCACACCUAAGGCGUGAAGCAGCGCGCUUCAGAGACGCGGUGGAGCCACGAUUCUUCAUGUUUAAUGUGGACUCUCCGCGUGUCUGCGAGCCAGGCAUGGCUCUGAUAUCCUAUCAUAGUCGCACUGGAGUGGCGUGAGGCGAGCCGCGAGCGCAGUGGAUCAAAACAGGCGCGUGCGUAACACGGGUGGCUGUUCCAGUGUGGGGGGCGAGCGCUCUGAGGCUGCUCGUUGACGUGACGUGACGUUGACGUGACGUGGAACGGAAGUGUUGCACCGUGGAUGGUAACGACACCCCGCCUCUGACAUCGGGAUGAGGGGAGGAUGCCGGCGCCAGCGGCGGGGGUGUCGUGGACCUCGCUCGAGGGCUCGCGGCCAGCCCGCGCGUCUCGCAUCAGCAUGCUUGGCACCCCAGGGUAUAGAAUGUUGAGCGCGUGGGGUGAACUUCGGGCACAAUGCAGCCAUGAGUGUAUCGUGUAGGGUGGAUGACUGCUUAGAUGUGAUAGAUCUUAGAUCUUAAUCCAUCCAAGGCCCAUUAGGCGUUCUUCAAAUUAUUUCGACGAUUCGGAAGUGCGUACAUUUUCGCUCUCUGUGCGCAUUUUUGCUCUUCUCAACAUACGGCUGAUGACAAGCAUUUGUGAAGGCUUGCACCGGUUUCCAAUAAUAUACGUGUAGUUAGUGGUUUA